AUGAGCAUCAGCGUCAGUCGCGAGUCCAUCUCGAAGCUCAUGGGCGAGCUCGUGGACACGUUCCCCAUGGAGGCCGAAGGUCGUUCGUCCAUUUCGGACUUUGGCAAGUUGCUCUUCACCGAGGGCCAGACGAUCAGCCACAGCCAUCCCCAUAGUAGUGGGGCGAGCAUUAACAAUAAUGGGGCGAGCAAUAACAAUAAUGGUGGCAGCACUCGGAAAAACAGUCGGCGGAACUCCUGCGAGGGGGUGACUUCCAGUGCUGCAGCGUCUCCCGCUUCGUCUGCGACAGGCAGUAAGCGCGUGUUUACUGAGAUCAAAGGCAUUCCACGUCAGAAGCAGCACGAUAUUAUGAAGACAAAAGAUAAGGCCGUGCCAAAGCGCUGGACGCAAGAGGAGGACGAGAAACUGCGGGAUGCAGUGGGGCGACACGGCGAGCGCAACUGGAAGUCCAUUGCCGAGGAAGUGCCGGGGCGGAACCACACGCAGUGUCUCCAGCGCUGGACCAAAGUGCUGGCUCCUGGACUUGUGAAAGGUCAUUGGCGUCCUGAUGAAGACGAGCUGCUGAAGGAAUUGGUCGCUGAAGGCCGCAAGAAUUGGGGACAAGUGGCGACGCGUAUUCCAGGCCGGACGUCGAAACAGUGUCGCGAGCGCUGGUACAACCACCUUGAUCCAAGCAUUAUUCGAGGCGAGUAUACGGUCGAGGAAGACCGAAUGAUACUGGAUGCACAGGCCCGACUGGGUAAUCGCUGGUCGGCAAUUGCUGCGAUGCUGCCUGGUCGUACCGAAGAUGCGGUCAAGAUCCGGUGGAAAUCGCUCUGUCGUGUGCGCAAAGGACAUGGGCGUCGUGGACAGGGGGAUAAAAACAAGAUCAGUCCCAGGGGUGCAAUGGGGUUGCUUCAGCAUCAGGGUGGCGCGGACUUUGACGAGAAUAUCGUCAAAAGUGAAGAAGUUGCUGCUUUUUCGAUGCAUUCGCAGCAGCAGCAAGGCGUCCAGAUGGUUCGCCUCUCGAACGGCCAAAUGGUGCCGGCAGGUAGCAUGCAAGCUGGUGGUCGACACGGUCAACACAAUCACCAGGUCAUGAUGGGUGGAAAUGGCAUGCUGUAUUCUUCCGGUGCCAAUGGUGGCGGUGGAUAUGACCCUACGAUGGUACACUACCGAAAACCGCCUAUGCAACACCACAAUGUGGCCAAUAGCUAUGAACACGUUGCGUUACCGCCUGCAGGAUCUACCACAAGCAAUCAUGCGCAAAAUUUCCAGGCUGAGCGUCGAUCGAAUAUGGAGUACUCGGCUGAGCGACGAUCGGACGUGGAUUAUUCCGAGCACCGACCUGAUAUCGAUUACUCGGUCGAUCGCCGUUCUACCGUGCCUUCUAUCAAUGUGGCAGCAUCCCCGCAGUCUCGAAACGGGUAUCACCAGGGGUAUGUAGGAUCUUCUGCGACGUAUACGUCUAACGUGAAUAUCGGCAUGUACCCGUCGGCACCCUUGAGGCCCCUGAAUAAUGGGCAGGUAUAUGGCAGUGCACCGCAAGUGGAUACAUAUCGCCCUGGUGCGAUAUUUGGCACACAGGUGUCAUCUCACCAGCCCCAGCAGAUGCACUUAUCACACCCGCAAGUGCCGUCAUACAAUUAUGGAAUGCCACCCGGUCCAGGCGCGAGUGAAGGUAUGCAUGCGGAGUCUUCUACAAACCACUCAAUGUUAUCGAUUAACAAUGGGAUGAACAACCCUGCAGCUGGACAUACUCAGCAGCAUCAUCGACAGCGCGAAUCGCACCAGUACUCGGACACGUCGCUGCCGAUGCCUCAUUCUAACGGCCAGCAGUCCCACCGUCCCGCGCAGCAUUAUGCUCGUCUGCAUGAUCAAGACCAGCGAGAUGUAGAAAAGGAGUCCCCUGAGUUAUAUCAUAGCCACGUAAAGCAGUCGGGUACAAGUGGAGAAGGACGAGUGAAACAUGAAUCGACACCCAGGUUUCCUUCUACGUCGUCCGGCCAAGCGAUGUCGAACCCGGCUGCAAUGUUUGCUCACAGCCAAGCAGCUGCGACGUCCCCUGCGGCUGGCGAUGGCAAUCCAGUGGCUGCAUUUUUGCGCAUGCAGCACCACCAGAAGGACAAGGAACAGCCUGACAGUGCUGGUAAGAUCGCUCAGGUGGGCGUACAGAGACCGUACAAUCCGGCCGCGGCAUUCGUGCAGCGAUUUCAAGUAGAGCAAAAAGAACAGACGCCUCGUGCCAAUCGCCCAAGCUUUGCUAAAUCUAGCGAUUACGUGUCGCACGAAGAUGACGACGGUGAGAGUGGCCCGGGGUAUAGAUCACACGAGCCUUCGUUUAAAAAGGUUAAGCCAAGACUAAGUAUCGAUGCUGCUCGGGCUUCAGCUGCUCGCCGAAUACGGAACUCGGGCAGCGGGGGUAAUUUGGCUGGCCGUGGAAGUCUGGAUGUAUUUUUGAACGAGAUCGGUGAUGUCGGCCGGUUAUCAGACCUAAAGAUGGAUGAAUUUCAGACGCUGGAGGAGUUGUGGCGGGUCUCAGGCGACAUGGAUCGGUUGUCAUUAUGA